AUGAAGUUCAAGACGCGUUGUUUCCUAGAUGUUAAAAUAGGCGAUACUUCAGCCGGGAGGAUUGUGGUAGAACUAUUUGAUGAUGUUUGCCCGAAGGCCUCAGACAAUUUCAAAAAACUUUGCCAAGGUGUCUGUGGCAACGGGCUGAAAACAGGAAAACCCUUACACUACCAAGGCUGCCCUUUUCAUAGAAUAAUUAAAGGAUUCAUGAUUCAGGGAGGGGAUUUUAGUAAAGGUGACGGUACUGGCGGCGAGUCCAUUUAUGGGGGAACCUUUGCCGGUUUGUUUGCAUCCCGAGUAACCCUUUUCCUAGACGAAAAUUUAAAUACUCCACAUGACCGACCAUUUCUUUUUGCCAGCGACAGUUCCGAUGGACCUGUUAUCAGACCCGAAGAAAUUCCAGAGGUUCCGCAAAACAAAUUCCUUUAUCGUCCUGACGCACGAGAUGCUAAAGCCAAUGCAGAAACUCAAAGAGAAACAAACGAGUCGAAAGAAAACUAUGCUGCAUCAAGAAGACGCGCUAUGGGUGAUAGGUCAGGGCGGAAGGUGAAGGGCCGUGGGACGAUGCGCUAUGUCUCACCUGAUCAAGGAUCCGGUGGGCGAGGUCGAAGCAUAACUCCUCCACACUGGCGCCAAGCCAGCCAAAAAAUGAAUGCGGAGGAUUGGCGUCGCUGGCGCGAGAAGCACGAAGAUAUGCUGCACGAACGUGAUAGCUUUUACGUGGGCAAGAUUUUCCAGUUUCGCGUAAUUCUUCUAUUCGGCAUGGAAAUAUCUCCAAAGUACAUUGUAGCUGAUGCCAGCCUUACUUUUACCAUAGGUCUCCGCAAAGAAGAAGAAUGGAUGAAUCCCCGCCCAGUUUUGCUGAUCGAAGCUGCCGGCGAAAGCCUUCUGGUGAUUAUUCCCCUCGAAAUGCUCGACAUUCCCGAUCGGAGAUAUCCCCACCCAACGCGUCACUAA